AUGCGGUUACCCAAAGGCCAGGCAGGGACCUCUUCAGGCUCCCCUGCCUCACGAGCCUCUGCUGAUACCACCGGGGCCUCUAAGGCCCCCGAAGGGAGCAGCCCCCACAGUACGGACCCUCCUGCCUCCCCAGGUGGGGAGGGCCCUAAUCUGUCGCUCCUUGUGGCUAAGACAGAGGUCUUGGCCCACUUGUUGAAGGCUCGUGUGGCGCUGCCCCUGCUCUACCCGCUGAACACUAGGGGCCUCACUGACCCCCUCCAACCUUCACCUAUUGCGUCCAACCGGUGGAAACGGGAAGACAUACUCCUCGGUCUCUCGCAAGUGGCUCCCCUGGCACUCUCUCUCUCCCGAGUUGGGGGUCUCCUUAGGGCAGCACAGGCCUUGAAGCUUAUGGGACCCCCAGCUGGGGCUACAGGAGCCUUGACUGUCCCCAAGCGGGCGUCCUUAAGGCGCAAGCAGACCUACAGAGAUACGAACCAUUUCUUACGACCCCAAGUAUGGCGGGUCCUCAAGCCUGGAGAAGAAAGAGCCACCAAACACCUCAGGUGGCGCUAA